AUGCCUUCUCAAAAUGACCCAGAAGAUCAUGUCAGAAGUGACGAGCAAACACCGUUGCUUACAGACCAACGUGCCGAAGCGGAACAAGCCGAUAUCGGGCCCGAGGGAGAGCCAACACCAGAGAAAAGACCCAAGAGCUGGUAUGCCUGGAGGAUCUUUUGGGCUGUUCUAGCGAUAGUAGUCUUGUCUGUUUUUAUCAAAGGAUGGAUCGAUUCGGAUGAAACUGAGUUCGACCUCAAGAAAGCCCUCAAGCGAGCACUUGGCGGGGGUCUCAGUGGUGCUGCUGCCAUGGUGUUACAGGUCCUACUACUGAUGCCUCUGCGAACAAUUAUGAACUAUCAGUACCGACACGGGACAUCUUUCACCAUUGCCACAAAAACUCUUUACACCGAAGGAGGCAUCCGACGAUACUACCAAGGCAUUGCGCCUGCACUGUUUCAAGGUCCCAUCUCACGAUUUGGGGAUACGGCAGCCAACGCGGGAAUUCUCGCUCUCCUACAGUCAAACCCGUAUCUCAAAGACCUUCCCUCACCUAUCAAGACCAUAUUCGCAUCUCUCUGUGCCGCGGCUUUCCGCAUGAUCCUUACCCCCAUCGACACUCUCAAGACAACCCUUCAAGCCCAAGGAGCAAGGGGAACAGCCCUUCUACAACGACGCAUCAAGUCCAACGGAAUAGGUAGCCUUUGGUGGGGAGCCAUUGCUACCGCCGCUGCCACCUUUGUCGGGCAUUACCCAUGGUUCGCCACGUACAACUUCUUAUCCGAGACUAUAACAGAACCACCCAGACAUCCUCUUGUGUGGUGGUUACUCCGACUAGCAUUCAUUGGCUUCUGUGCUUCAAUCGUGUCUGACUCUAUCUCUAAUUCACUGAGGGUAGUCAAGACGUAUCGCCAAGUCAACGACACCAAGAUCUCAUACUCUGAAGCUGCGCGUGCCGUUGUCGUUCAAGAUGGCAUCUUCGGUCUUCUUGGUCGUGGACUCAAAACUCGCAUCUUGGCCAACGGCCUACAGGGCAUUCUUUUCUCUAUUCUUUGGAAGCUAUUCCUUGACUUGUGA